CAGCAUAACAGAAGACAAUGAGGAGUGCAAGACAGAUCGCCUAAGAUGAGCUUCACCUUAAGAAGAAGUCAGUCUCUUAAGAGCCUCUCUGGAGGUCAUAGCUCGUGGUCUACAUCAGAGAUCCAGGUGUGGGACAAGAGAAGGUCUGUGUCUCAGCUUGUCCAAAAGUAUGAAAGCUGUGUAGCGCUUACAGAUGUUGGCAGAGAAGAGGCCUGGUCCAAGUCAUCUGGCCUGAGUAAAGUUGAAACUCUCUGGAGGAGGUAUGAGUCCCUCAGUGGGGCAAAUCGCACUUUGUCCAGAAGUAUUUCUACGGAAAUGCUGCCCCAGCCAGACCGUUUGGGCACUAAUGCUGCAAGGUCCCUGUUUGAGUCGAAAAACGCCCUGCGACAGGACUAUGCCAGCAGCCCUCGGCUCAACGUCACACCACAGGCCAAAAGCAACCCAGUAAAUCACAUUACCUCACCACGGAGGGAGGCACCGACAGGGAGGGAGAAAGGUUAUUCUAGUGCUACAACUGUCACUACCAUCAAAAAGGACAAGGCUUAUCAGAAGGACAAAACCUUUGAGACAACAAGAAGGAGGACUAUUAGUGGAGUUCCUGGAUAUGUCACCCGAUCCUCCAGUGGACUAAAUGAAGAGAAGAGACGGUUUAAGACAGACCUGAAAGAAUCUUCCUAUCAAGAACACAAACAGACGUACACAUACUCUCCUAUCCCAACUGUGAAAGACAGAUCUGUCCUUUACCUCUCAAAGGUGGCAGCUGCAGACUUCUCAGGAUUCACCGAACGGCAAGGCAGUGUGGUCCAAGAGCACUUGGUCUCAAGUAGAAAGAAGAAACAAAGCAAGAUGGCAGAAGUAGCCAAAGAGAAAAAAGUGACAGAUGCAGCCAGUGGAGAUGAUGAUUUACCUCCCCCUCCACCACCUCUACCAAGACCUCAAGUUCUGGAGUCAAUUCAACAGGAUCUAAGCCAGAACUUCCUCCCCGUACCACCUCCAAAAGAAACCUUCACAGAGUUCUACCAGCAACAACAAAAAAGUGAACUGAAACGUCUUCUUAAACACAUUCAUCCAGCACUGAAAAUGAAUCUUGAUGAUGUUGUAGAUGAUGAACUGAUAGAAGCAAUAAAUCCCCAGGCUGUAGAGACAGCAUAUCAGGGAGAGGUCCAAUCCAUGCGUUGGAUAUUUGAGAACUGGACACUUGACAAUAUUGGUAGCUUGCAUGAAACUAAAAAAUUACUUGAUGAAGAAAAUCUUCAAGGUGGGGAUGUGAGAGGCAAAUCCUCCUUGUUUGAGCAUUCAGUGUUUGAUGGUCAACACACAACAGUUGGUGAGAGACCAGGUCUAGUCAAAGGAGAUGUUCGCACGGCUACCUGGUUAUUUGAGACACAGUCUUUAGAUUCAAUCAGUAGGUCAAAAAUGGAGGAUGAGGAAUUUGUGGAGGUCCUACUGAAGGAACCUAUUCAGAAGGGAGAUGUGAGAGGUGCACAUCUCCUGUUUGAAUCCAAGCCAUUGGAUGCCUUAGGCCGCUGCUGUUCUGUUGAAGAUCAGCAUUUCCUAACAUUGAAAUCAGAACUCCAGGAGCACAAAGGAGAUGUGAAGAAAACUGUCAAGCUCUUCCAAGCAGAUCCCUGUUGUGCACUUAGGGAUAGCAGUGGUAAUAUCCAUGAGAUCAAGUCAAUUUGCAGAGAGGAAAUCCAGAGCAGUAACUUCAAAACAGCACGUUGGCUGUUUGAAACUCAACCGUUGGACCUCAUUAAUAAAGGAACAACUGGUGUGCAAAUCAUUCGGGGGAUCUCCCUUGAGGAAGCCCAGAAGAGUGGUUUUGAUAAGAAGAGAUGGAUGUUUGAGACCCAACCACUUGAUGCAAUUCAGGAAGGUGCUGUGGAAGAACAAAAAUUUCAAGGAACAGUGGAGGACUUCUCGGGGGAAGCAGGUGUUUGCAACAAACUAAAGCUUUUUGAAAACCAGCCCCUGUUAUCGCUUAAAGGAGAGUCCACAGGUGAAAGUUCAGAGAAGGAGACAAUUGUUGGAGGAAAUGUAGGGUCCACCUUAUGGCUUUUUGAAACACAGCCCAUGGACACUCUGAAAGACAGCUACGAGGUGGGACAUCUCAAGAAAUUUGUGGUGUCAAGCAAUGAAAAAGGAGAGGUUAGAGACAAAAAGCAGCAGUUUGAGAAGUUCAGUUCUUGUAAAAUGACACUUGACAGAAAGAUCAAAGUUGAAGAUGUUGAGAAAGGAGAUGUAAAUACUUUUAAGAACCUGUUUGAAACCAUACCACUUAGUCACAUCUCACCCUCUGAGAAUGCACAAACUCAAGUCAAUGACAUUACUGCUGGGGACGUUAAAGGCAACUGUUCACUGUUCGAAACCAUACCAUUGUAUGCAAUUAAGGACUGUGCUGGAAAUUUCCAUGAGGUAACAACUGUCAGUCGAGAAGAAUGCAUAAAAGGGAAUGUACAGAACUACAAAUGGAUGUUUGAGACAAAACCUUUAGACCAGUUUGAAGAGGGUAACGAAAAAUUAGAGAUCAUCAAAGGCAUUACAAGGCAAGAAGACAUGAUGGGUGAUGUGAGAACAGCCAAAUGGAUGUUUGAAACACAAUCUUUGGAUUGCAUACACUUAAAAUUCAAUCAGUCAGAAGUGGAUUCAACUGUUCCACAGGAAGAAUUACAAAAAGGUAAUGUGAAGACAUGCAAAUGGCUGUUUGAGACACAACCGAUGGACAUUUUGUAUGACAAAUCAGAGAGAAACCAGGAUGUACAAGUAGUGCCAAAAGCUAAUGUAAAGUCACACACUUGGCUUUUUGAAACACAGCCAUUGGAUAACAUUAAAGACAAAGAGGAAUUCAGUUUGAAAUUGUGCAGUACUGUGCAGGAAGAUGUAAAAAAUGACAUGAAUGUGAAAACAGUGAAACACCUUUUUGAAACUGAGACUUUAGACAAAAUAACAAAGCGAACAGAUUCGGUCCAAAAUAUACGAUAUGUCAGUCAAGUGGAUGUCCAGUCUGGAGAUGUCUCACGUGUCAAAGAAAUCUUUGAAUCCAAGUCACUCGAUGAAAUAGGAAGCGAGUGCAUCAAAGAGUCAAACACUGAGGAGCAGAACAAAGAAAUCCAGACAGAAUCAGUCCACAAAUUCACUUGGCUGUUUGAGAAUCAGCCUAUCAGUGACAUCAAUGAGAAGGAAGCUGGAAUAACUCACAGAGUCAGUGAUGUUGAGGGUGGUGAUGUUGGAAGCAAGAAGUUCAUUUUCGAAACGUUCUCUCUGGACAAAAUCCAAGAUAAUGACCAACUUCUUGAGCACCAGUCAAUGAGUGUUGAGAAGCCCAUGAGCGGUAGCGUCAAUGUAAAGUCCAGCACAAUGCUGUUUGAAUCCAAGCCUCUGUAUGCUUUAAGAGACAAGGAUGGACAGUUUCAUGAAGUUACUACAGUAAAGAAAGAGGAAAUGGUUAGAGGAGAUGUAAGGGGAGCAAGGUGGAUGUUUGAAACCAAACCACUUGAUACCAUUCAAGCAGACAAAGACAUUUAUGUUAUCCGUGCAGUUACUCAGGAGGAUGUGCUCAAGGGUGAUGUGAAAUCAGCACGAUGGAAGUUUGAGACACAACCCCUGGACUCCUUCACCCCUCGUGAAGGGUCCUCAGUAAGGGUUGUGGAUGAAAUAGGCCACGGACAAAAUGUGCAACAAAGCAAACAACAUUUUGAGACUGAGCAAGUAGCCCAAAAGAACUAUGUGAGAAUGGUGAGUGUCACAGACAUUCAACAAGGUGAUGUACGCACUUCCACCUGGCUCUUUGAAAAUCAACGAUUUGAUACUCUAAAAGGUGAGCCACAUGAGCAGAAUACCUUGCAAACUGUACAUCGAGAGGAUAACACAAAGGGAGAUGUGAAACGAUGCACUUGGUUAUUCGAGUCACAGGCCCUGGAUAAAAUAAAAAACAAUGAAUCUACUGAAGAGUUUGUUUCAUUGAAGGAAGAAAUUCCAAAGGCAGAUGUUAAAAGCACCACCUGGUUAUUUGAGACCACACCACUGGACAAAAUCACAGUGGAAAGCGUGACAGACAUACUCUACCGCCUGUCCCAUAAAUCAUUUAUUCAUUCGAAUGGAAUCAUCAUCCAGGCAUAUGAUUAUAAGUAUGUAAACAUGGCAAAAUAUCAGUUUGUAAACAAUGAGGAUCCCAAAGUUCAAAAGGAGGAAGUUGUUGAAGGAAACAUCAGGAACAUAAUGCUACAGUUACUCUUCAGACCAAACCUGAAACCCAAAGUUGUUCUCCUUAAAGAGGAUGAACAAGGCAAGGUGCACAGCACAGUGAUUGAGAUUCCGUUUCAACAGCCUGGAUCUGCAGAAAACCCAGACGCAGAGUGCAAAACUCAAGAAGCUGCUAAAAUAAUUGAGAACUUGCUGGUGCAACAAAAAACAAUCAAGACAGGCUUGGUAAUACAAGAAUCUGAAGGAGGCCAGACAGAGAUGACAGUGUAUUCCCUCCUGAGUCAAAGAAAUAUGACAACGGAGUCUUACGAUGUCACUCGAGGAGACAUCAAGUCCACAAUUGGUAGCCUCCUUGCCUCAGUCCACAGCCAGCAGACCAAACCGCUUUGCAGAUUGGAAGAAAAUGAGAGGGGGAAUGUUGAUUUGUAUAGAAACUGCAUUGAAAAGGGUGACCUUUGUUACCUUAAAAGUCUACAGGAGGAGGAACCAACUUGCUCCUGGAGAGAGCAAAUUGAAAUUGUUCAAGGGGAUGUAAAUGAAGCAAAGAGGCACCUUAAUCAACAAAGGGAAGAAGCUGAAAGAACCAUCUUGGAUGUCGUACCAGGAGAUGUGAAGAGUGUUAAAAAGGUUUUCACAAAGGUCUGCACAGACCUUUCUGUUGGAAACUGCAUACCAAAGGAGGAGAUAGUCAGAGGUGAUGUUCUGUCUGUGAAGCAGCAGCUUGAUGAGGCACUCAAGCAGCCCUUCAUGGUACAGAAAGAAGAAAUCGUGUUUGGGGACAUUAAAGCCACACUUGAAUCCUUGGAACGGGCAAAGCAGCAAAGUUUGCAUGUGGAACGUGAGGUCAUCAUACCAGGCACCAUUUAUGACCUGAAUGUAGAAGCACAAGAAAUGUGCUUGGAUGAAAAUGAAGGUAAAUUAAUGAAGAAGGAAAUCAUCUCAGGGGACGUUAAAGCAGCAAAAAGGUCCCUGGAGAGGGCAAAGAACCAAAGAAUAGAGCGAGAACCUAUCACUCCUGGAAAGUUAUAUAAUCUAAACGGUAAUCUAAAUGAAUUUUCUCAGGACCAAAAUACCUCAACAGUGCAGCGGUCUACAACAUCAUCUAUGAGUAACCAGCGGAUUACUACAACAUUUCGAAAGGUUAGUGAAACAGAGAAGGAUCAGGGCUCCACAGAAAGAGCAUGUCAUCAGAAUGAAGAGGGAAGGAGAGAAGAUGCAAUAGGUGUUAGUACAGAAAAUGGCUCAACAAUGCUAGAAAACAAUCCUCAGUUUUCUGAGUUAGAGCCAGAAAUUGUAAGAGGGGAUGUGAAGGCUUCUAUUCAGUCUUUACAAAGUGCUGCAACAGAGCAGAGAAGUUUAGACAGAGAGGAAAUUGUUAGAGGUAACAUGCAAGAGACUCUCCAGUCUCUGGAGAGGUCUAGCAUUAACAUUUCUAAAGGGGAUUACAAGGCAGCAAUGUUAUAUAGAAAAUCUGGACAGUCUAACAUACAGAGCAAAGUGAAAAAUGACUCAGGAACUCAAGAAUGCAAGAGUUUUGUUAUACCUUUGCCUAUUGCUGAUGCUGAAUUGUCUUCUUCGGUUUCAGUGACUGGCAGUGAGCAUCUGACCGUCUUGACACUGAACUCAGAACCUAUGAUUAGUUACAACUUGGAGAAAUCAAACCAGCUCUCUUGCACUUUUGCAAAUCAAGGCGAACAUCCACCACCUAUCCCUCCAAAAAGCAGUCAUCAGGUUAAAGAUCAGAAACCAGUUAUUCCACCAAAACCGCUGCAUAUCACCACUAAUUCGGGAAGCCCAUAUAUUUGUCCAAGCUCACCUGAACCUGUUAUUAAUCACCAACAGACUCCAGCAAUCCCAUCCAAACUGACACCCAGCAAGAAAACGUUCUUGCAUAAAAAUGAAACCUGGAAUUUUGAAUCCUCAGAGACUUCAAACAAAAUUAAAGACAAAUCAUGCAACAGUUAUGAACCAGUUGAAAGGACAAAAGAUCCCAUGGAUCUUCAGAAAAUGCAGUACACUCAGCAAUGGCUUCAAAACUCCCACAUGGAACAUAUGAACACCCCGUCGGUCAGUAAAAUAGAGAAUGUUGAUGGCAGUUCUUUUGCUUGUGAUGGAGCAGGAAUAGAGAAAAAUGUGAUUCAGAAGAUAAAUGCUGCUGAAGAAAUCAGGAUGUGUAUGCAGAGUUACUCAAAGGACAAUGAAGAAGUGAACAUAGGAUUUAAGGUUGCACUUCAGAAUUUCGGGGAAAGGAAAACAGCAUCUGUAGGCAAUACCUCAUCUUUCCCAAAGAAAAUUAAAGUUGUGACAAAUGAAAUCACCCCGAAACAAGAUAAAGGCUUUAGAGAGAACACAAAUGGAGUUGACCUACACUUGCACAUAAAAGAUAACAGAGGAGAGACCCCUGCAACACCCGAAAAACCGCCUUCAGAGUACAAUCAAACCUGUAAAGAGCUUAAUAACCCUGAGAAGAAAGUAGUUUUGAGAGAAAAGAAAGGAAGGAGAGAGACUGAAGAUGAGCGCCGCCAGAGGCUCUCCGUCCACAAAGAGGAGAUUAUGAGGGGCAAUGUAAAAGCAGCCAUGGAAAUCUUUGAAAAUCUAAUGAGACGAGAGGAACUGAAAAUAAUUCUCUCAAAAGUUCAAGAAAUAGAGGGGGAGACCUGUGAGGUGGAUGUCAAUUCUUUGAAGACAUUGUUUGAGAAUGUGCCUGCUUGGAUUGCCAGUCCAACAAAGAACAGAAAACACAGAUAUGAUCCAAGGAAGACGAGAGCUAGCAAAGAGAAAGAGGAGUUGAGAGAUGAUGUAGAGAGUGUUUCCUCUGUUGAGGCCGCAUUUGAGGACCUCGAAAAGGCAAGCAUGGACAUUAUAAACUUGAAAGAACAGACAUUAGCUAAACUUUUGGACAUAGAGGAGGCAAUUAAAAAGGCUUUAUAUUCUGUCUCAAAUUUGAAGUCUGAGGCAGAUAUUGCUGGCUUGUCAGGCCUAUUUAGUGAAUCCUUAAAUGAUGAUAAUGUCUCUCCAAGUACUAAUAAAAUUAGGAAAAUAAGCAUUGUGUCCAGCAAAGCAAACCCUGUACAAUCUAAACUGGUAAAGAACACUGAUAACAAGAAUGAGAAACCAGAGCUGCCAAAAGAGGUACAUCAACUUCAAAUGGGAAAACUCCCUUCGUCCCCUUCCUUUAUUUCUAUUCAUUCUGCUGCAAGAAAACCUGCAGAGUCACCCACACCAAAAACCCCACACUAUUCUGUUGAGAAAAGCUAUACCAGCCACAUUUGCAGCCCUCAAAGUCCUAGAAGGAAAGUCAGCAUUCUUGAAGUACAAACAGUUCCUGACGUUGCAAGUGGAAUCAUUGGAACUAAAACUGUCAGUGAGAAAUAUGAAGAGACAGAUUGCUUCGGAAAUAAAUACUUCUCCUCCAAAAGAUCUACAUUUGUUACAAGACAGUCUGAGACAGAAUUGUCCUCCUCAUAUGAUGUAGUUACCAAUCCAGGGAGGUAUGAAGUAAUGACUUCACCCAUUUUGCAAAGGUCUGGCCACACCUAUUCGUCAAAUUCUCUAUGUAAAAGCAAAGACAGCAAAGUGUUUGUUACUUUCAGUCAUCCAAACACAGAAAAACAUUAACCUGGCAGUUCAUUCCUUUUGUAACAAUAGUUUAUAUAUAUAUAUAUAUAUAUAUAUAUAUAUAUAUAUAUAUAUAUAUAUAUAUAUAUAUAUCUUUUUCCCAUGACUGUAUAUAUAUAUAUAUAUACAGUCAUGGGAAAAAGAAAGUACACCCUCCUUGAAUUCUAUGGUUUUAUGUAUCAGGACAUAAUAAAAAUCAUCUCGUCCUUAGCAGGUCUUAAAAUUAGGUAAAUACAACCUCAGAUGAACAACAACAACACAUGACAUAUUACACCGUGUCAUGAUUUAUUUAACAAAAAUAAAGCCAAAAUGGAGAAUCCAUGUGUGAAAAUCUAAGUACACCCUUACUGCUUCCAUAGGAAUUAAGAGGCUAAGUAGUAGCCAGGUGCUGCUAAUCAAAUGCCCUUGAUUAGCUGAUCAUCAGCAAGUGUGACCACCUCUAUAAAAGCUGAAGUUUUAGCAGUUUGCUGGUCUGGAGCAUUUAGGUGUGUGUAACACAGUGCCAAGGAGGAAAGACAUCAGCAAGGAUCUUAGAGAAGCAAUUGUUGCUGCCCAUCAAUCUGGGAAGAGUUAUAAGGCCAUUUCCAAACAAUUUAAAUUCCAUCAUUCAACAGUGAGAAAGAUUAUUCACAAGUGGAAAAUAUUCAAGACAGUUGCCAGUUUUCCCAGGAGUGGACAUCCCAGCAAAUUUACCUCAAGGUCAGACCAUGCAAUGCUCAGAGAAAUUGCAAAAAACCCAAGAAUUACAUCUCAGAUUCUACAGGCCUCAGUUAGCAUGUUAAAGUUACAACAGAAACAGUACAAUUAGAAAUAGACUGAAAAAGUAUGGUUUGUUUGGAAGGGUUGCCAGGAGAAAGCCUCUUCUCUCUAAAAAGAACAUGACAGCAUGGCUUAGGUUUGCAAAGUUGCAUAUGAACAAACCACAAGACUUCUGGAACAAUGUCCUUUGGACAGACGAGACCAAAGUGGAGAUGUUUGGCCAUAAUGCACAGCGCCACGUUUGGUGAAAACCAAACACAGCAUAUCAGCACAAACACUUUAUACCAACUGUCAAGCACGGUGGUGGAGGGGUGAUGAUUUGGACUUGUUUUGCAGCCACAUGACCUGGGCACCUUGCAGUCAUUGAGUCGACCAUGAACUCCUGUGUACCAAAGUAUUCUAGAGUCAAAUGUGAGGCCAUCUGUCUGACAGCUAAAGCUUGGCCAAAACUGGGUCAUGCAACAGGACAAUGAUCCCAAGCACACCAUCAAAUCUACAACAGAAUGGCUGAAAAAGAAAAGAAUCAAGGUGUUGCAAUGGCCCAGUCAAAGUCCAGACCUCAACCCGAUUGAAAUGCUGUGGCAGGACCUUAAGAGAGCUGUGCAUAAACAAAUGCCUGCAAACCUCAAUGAACUAAAGCUACGUUGUAUAGAAGAGUGGGCCAAAAUUCCUCCAAUGAUGUGAGAGACUGAUAAAGUCAUACAGAAAACGUUUACUUGAAGUUAUUGCUACUAAAAGUCAUUCUACAAGCAACUGAAUCAUAAGGUGUACUUAGUUUUUCACACAUGGCUUCUCCAUUUUGGCUUUGUUUUUGUUAAAUAAAUCAUGACACGGUGUAAUAUGUCAUGUGUUGUUAUUCAUCUGAGGUUGUAUUUACCUAAUUUUAAGACCUGCUAAGGACCAGAUGAUUUUUAUCAUGUCCUGAUACGUAAAACCAUAGAAUUCAAGGAGGGUGUACUUUCUUUUUCAUGACCAUAUAUAUAUAUAUAUAAUAAUUUUCAUCUCCAUAUUUUUCUUUUAAAUACUUAUAUAUUAGAUUAUUAUUCUUUUUUGUGUGUACAAUAAAAAGUUUUGUGAUUCAAGAAAGUUGAGUAAGAGCAAAGAAUUUUGUACUGUUGCAACUAAGUGAAAGUGUUAAUGUUAUAUAUUUAUGUUUGUUUCACAUACGUACGCAUAUACUUUAUUUAACUAAAAUAAAAUAUUUCAAAGCUC